AUGGGCUCCGUAGCCCAGAUAAUGUUCUACCCUCCCAAGUCAAACGCUGUUGACUCCUCCAAAGCCCUCGAAGGAGCAGCACAAGUGCUGUCACGCGUGCCGGGCGCCAAAGCCGCAUACCAUGGCGUGCUAGUUGAAGAUGAAGAGAUUCACUGUAGCGCUGGCGCGGCAUUUAAAGAAACUGUGAACAUGGAGCACGGGGUAGAGCCAUUCCUUGGAUUUGCAACGUUCAAGCACGAUACAGCGGAGGCUUUGACGGCCAACGUGACCGAGUUCAGAUUCUACAGUCUGCCUGACAAGAAUGCCACGGAAGAGGUUGUCAUGCAGAAAAUUAUCGGAAAUGCCAAGGUAGACGAGCAGCCUGCGGUGACCGUAGGUAAAGCAAAAGGCGUCUCGAUGGGAUAUAUGUGGUGGCUGAAGCCUGAUCUGGCUGAUAUGGGCAGCACAACAUGCUUCAGUGGUAUAUUUGGCUACGACAGCGUGGAGGACUAUUGGAGGUGGAAAGACAUGCCGGAACAUGUCGAGGCGAUCAAAGGGACGAAGGGUUUCAUGAACGAGCUGGGCAUGAAGCCUGUGGACAUGUUUGGGAAGCGCCGAGCCAUGUUCGAAGGCAGCGGCAUUAUCCAUGUCAAAUUCAAGAAGACAUUCUAA